AUGAGUGACAAUCCAUUUAAUGCGAGUCUUCUUGACGAAGACUCAAAUCGUGAGAGAGAAAUACUAGACGCGACCGCAGAAGCUCUUUCGAAACCGAGCCCUUCUCUAGAGUACUGUACUUUAUCCGUAGACGAAACUCUAGAAAAGCUAGGCACCGACAAAAACGGUGGUUUACGAUCAUCUAAUGAGGCUAACAAUAGGAGAUCACUUUAUGGUCCCAAUGAAAUAACCGUAGAAGAUGAUGAAAGUCUUUUCAAGAAGUUCUUGUCCAAUUUCAUUGAGGAUCGAAUGAUUCUACUUUUAAUAGGGUCUGCAGUGGUCUCUCUCUUUAUGGGUAACAUCGAUGAUGCCGUUAGUAUCACACUGGCAAUUUUUAUCGUUGUCACUGUCGGUUUUGUCCAGGAAUAUAGGUCUGAAAAAUCUUUGGAAGCCUUGAAUAAAUUAGUUCCUGCUGAAUGUCACUUGAUGAGAUGUGGCCAAGAAAGUCAUGUGUUGGCUUCCACUUUGGUCCCGGGCGAUUUAGUCCAUUUCAGAAUAGGUGACAGGAUUCCUGCAGACCUUAGAAUUAUUGAAGCCAUCGAUUUAUCCAUCGAUGAAAGUAAUUUAACUGGUGAAAAUGAACCGGUACACAAAACCUCACAAACGAUUGAGAAAUCUUCCUUUAAUGAUCAGCCUAAUUCGAUUGUACCGAUCUCUGAGAGAUCUUGUAUAGCUUAUAUGGGUACUUUAGUAAAGGAAGGUCAUGGUAAGGGUAUCGUCGUAGGAACGGGUACAAACACAUCCUUUGGUGCUGUUUUUGAAAUGAUGAAUAAUAUUGAGAAACCGAAGACUCCAUUGCAAUUAACAAUGGACAAACUGGGAAAAGAUUUGUCAUUGGUUAGUUUCAUAGUUAUUGGUAUGAUUUGUUUAGUUGGUAUCAUCCAGGGUAGAUCUUGGUUGGAAAUGUUCCAAAUAUCCGUAUCCUUAGCGGUUGCUGCCAUUCCAGAAGGUUUACCAAUUAUAGUGACCGUUACGUUGGCAUUGGGUGUUUUGAGAAUGGCCAAGCGUAAAGCCAUCGUAAGGAGGUUACCAAGUGUCGAAACUCUAGGAUCUGUCAACGUCAUUUGCUCUGACAAAACAGGUACAUUAACCUCAAACCACAUGACUGUAUCCAAGCUUUGGUGCUUGGAUAGUAUGUCUAAUAAACUGAACGUCCUGUCAUUAGACAAAAAUAAGAAGACUAAAAACUCUAAUGGCAAUUUGAAAAACUAUUUGACUGAAGACGUUAGGGAAACUCUAACCAUCGGUAACCUCUGUAAUAACGCAUCUUUCUCUCAAGAGCAUGCCAUAUUUUUGGGGAACCCAACUGAUGUGGCUCUUUUAGAGCAGCUGGCAAAUUUUGAAAUGCCCGAUAUCAGAAACACCGUUCAAAAAGUCCAAGAACUUCCAUUCAACUCCAAAAGAAAAUUAAUGGCAACCAAGAUUCUCAAUCCUGCCGACAAUAAAUGUACAGUUUAUGUCAAAGGUGCAUUUGAAAGAAUUCUUGAGUGCUCCACAAGCUAUUUGAAAUCAAAAGGCAAAAAAACUGAAAAAUUGACUGAAGCUCAAAAAGAUACCAUAAAUGAGUGUGCAAAUUCUAUGGCGUCUGAAGGUUUGCGCGUACUUGGGUUUGCCAAACUAUCUUUAUCUGAUUCAUCAACUCCACUUACUGAGGACUUAAUCAAUGAUUUAACUUUCACUGGUUUAAUUGGUAUGAAUGACCCUCCAAGACCAAACGUCAAAUUUGCCAUUGAACAGUUACUACAAGGGGGUGUCCAUAUCAUUAUGAUUACUGGUGAUUCCGAGAAUACCGCAGUAAACAUUGCAAGACAAAUUGGUAUUCCAGUUAUUGAUCCAAAGCUUUCCGUUUUAUCCGGUGAUAAACUAGAUGAGAUGUCAGAUGAUCAACUGGCCAAUGUCAUCGACCAUGUUAAUAUUUUUGCUCGUGCCACACCUGAGCAUAAAUUAAACAUUGUUCGUGCAUUAAGGAAGAGAGGUGAUGUGGUAGCAAUGACCGGUGACGGUGUUAACGACGCUCCUGCGUUGAAACUUUCAGAUAUCGGCGUUUCCAUGGGUAGAAUUGGUACAGAUGUUGCCAAAGAAGCCUCAGACAUGGUCUUAACUGAUGACGAUUUCAGUACUAUUCUAACUGCUAUUGAAGAGGGGAAAGGUAUUUUUAACAAUAUUCAGAAUUUCCUGACUUUUCAACUGUCUACUUCUGUUGCCGCAUUAUCGCUAGUUGCAUUAUCUACUGCAUUCAAACUACCCAACCCGUUGAACGCAAUGCAAAUUCUUUGGAUCAAUAUUUUAAUGGACGGGCCACCAGCUCAGUCGUUAGGUGUAGAACCUGUGGAUCAUGAAGUUAUGAAGAAGCCCCCAAGAAAACGUACCGAUAAAAUUUUGACACAUGAUGUGAUGAAGCGUUUACUAACCACCGCAGCUUGUAUCAUAGUGGGGACAGUUUACAUUUUUGUCAAAGAGAUGGCUGAAGAUGGUAAAGUGACUGCUAGAGAUACUACUAUGACCUUUACUUGUUUCGUUUUCUUUGAUAUGUUUAAUGCUUUGGCUUGCAGACAUAACACAAAAUCAAUCUUCGAAAUUGGAUUUUUCACGAACAAAAUGUUCAACUAUGCCGUUGGGCUAUCUCUACUGGGUCAAAUGUGCGCUAUAUAUAUACCAUUUUUCCAAAGUAUCUUCAAAACUGAGAAACUCGGUAUCUCUGAUAUAUUAUUAUUAUUACUCAUCAGCAGCACUGUCUUCAUCGUUGACGAGUUGAGAAAAUUGUGGACGAGAAAAAUGAAUGAAAGAGACUCAACGUAUUAUUCGAAUGUUUGA